AUGACGUCAUCCACCCCGGGACGUAUUCCGCAGUUUUCUCGGUUUCGGGAUGUGACACGCUUCUUCCUUCUCUCCGACGGUGAACGACAAGGAAAUGAAAGGGAAGGGCAGCAGCGAUUUCGAAAAGGGAAGGCAGUAGGGGUUCGAUGGUGGUUAUUGGUUAAUGGUGGCUCUAUAGCGGUGUUCAAUACCCAUGGUGGUGGGUUUUUACUGCCAAAAGAGAGCAAGGAAGACAGUGGGUUUCCUCAACUUGAAAUGAUGGUUAUAUGUGCAAUUUGCAAUACUGAACAGCAGGUUGCUCACGUCUGCACCAAUUGUGGAGUGAAAAUGGGGGAAUACUUAUGUGGAAUUUGCAAGUUCUACAAUGAUGAUAUUUCAAAGGAACAGUUCCAUUGUCAUGACUGUGGAAUAUGUAGAGUUGGAGGUGGUGCGGAAUUCUUCCAUUGCCAAAAGUGUGGUAAGUGGGAAUUCAAAUAUCAUAAAUUCUUUGAACAUCAGCCUGCUACAAGUGAUUUUAUUGUAAGGGGUACUGGAAAUUGCAGCCCUAGGUACAUGAGGUGCACCAUUAAUCAGAUUCCUUGCACUUCAGAUCUCUUAAACACAUCUGGCAUGCAAUUGGCUUUAUUGGUUCGGCCAUUUGAUUUAUAUUAUACAGAAAGCAAUUUUUCUGACUCCUUGGACAUGCUUGAGGAUAAAAGUUUAAAAAUAGAAGAUGAUUCUGACUUGUCAUCAUGGUCAGGUGAUGAAAGUGGUGUCAGGGUUCUUAUGAAUGUUGAUAGCUUUGGUGUUGUUGGAGAUGGAGUUUCUGAUGACACAAAGACCUUUGGAGAUGCAUGGAAGGAAGCAUGUUUUCUAGUUGGUCGGGUAGCGUCUAAGGAUCAAUCAUGAUUUUUACAACCCUGAUUUUUUUAGUGAUUCUCAAUGAACUUUGUAAAAUUUAACGUAUUAUAAUAUUAAAAUUAAACGAUUGAACGAAAAAUAAUAUAAGGAUAAACUAAAAGUGCUAUUAUAUAUAUCCCUCACUCUAAUAAAUUAUGAAAUCCUAAAGAUACAUGUACACUUUACUCACAAGGAGAUACAUAAAACAAUUUAAGAUACUUUAAUAUACGAUAUAUAAUUCCCCUAAAUUAACUAUAUGUUGUCAUAUGCAAGGUUGUCAAGAUCGGGAUCCUACGUAGGAUCGUUUUUGGGUUUGCAAGAUCGGGAUCGGGAUCCUAAAAUCCCACAAAAUAAAACAUAAUUUUAAUUUAUAAUUUUUAAACAUGAAAAAUAUUUCAAACAUUUAAUUUUUCGUUCAAAAGUUAUAAAAACUUCAAAAUAUUAGUCAUAAGUCACAACACAAAAUUAUAAAUGGUAAAGGG